AGUUAGCAAAAGAGAGAGUUAUGAAGAUCUAAGCAAGUUUUUGAAGAGCUUUUAGAGAGGCCUUGAUCGGAUAGUUUCCUCUUAUCUCCAAUAUGUCGACCAUUGUAGAGAUGCUAGUUCACAUGGAUUGUGCAGGAUGCGAGAACAAGAUAAGGAAGUCUCUUCAAAAGCUUGAUGGAGUUGAUGAUGUCGAAAUAGACAUGGGAAUGCAGAAGGUGACAGUAGUAGGAUGUGUAGAGCAAAAGAAGGUCCUCAAGGCGGCACGCAAGACUGGAAGGAGAGCCGAGUUGUGGCCAUUCCCGUACAACCCGGAAUACCACAACUUUGCGCAGCAGUACUAUUAUGAUACCAACAGUAACUGUCACCCCUGAUACGAAAAUGACCUAAGCCGAGAGUACGCUGACAACAAUGAUCACCAAGGUUAUUGUUAUGAUCGUACAUCGAACGAAGAAUUAGAAACCUCUUCAUCUGCUUUCUCAUACAACUACUAUAAGCACGGCUAUGAAGGUAGUGAGUAUGGGUACUAUCAACGACCGCCGUAUUCCAGCAUUGUCGAUCAGCAAGCUAGCUCCUUGUUCAGUGAUGACAAUAUCAAUGCUUGCACUAUAACGUAGCGAGGGAGAGUGCGUGCGGGCACGGCGCGGGUACAUUUAUGUAUGGAAAAGAGGGUUUGAUUGCCAAAAUCACCUCUCAACUAUGGGCCAAGAUGCAACGUCCUUUGCAAUGUAACACCCUACAUUUUAGGCCGGGUUGUGAUUUACUCCCAAAAAAAUGCUAUGUUUUGGCUAUUGGCCUCCUGACUCUGAUUUUCGCAGAUCACCACAUCAACGAAAUCCGACAAUAUUAUAUUUUAGGCAAUAAAAUUAUCUUCUUCAUUCCUUUUCA